UUUUCUCUCGGCUACGUACAUAGCUUAGUGCUCUUAUCUUCUUCGUAUUAUCAUAUAUCUCCUCCUUCUCUGUGCUUCAAUCAACAGCAUAAUGAAUCCCAGAUAGAGUCCCCUUUAGUCCUCAUCCAAGCAAGCUUCAAAAUCCCAUCUUUUCAACCAAAAAAAAAAAACGACAAGAUGAAGAACAAAGCAUCGGGACUGGUGAAGCAGAUUAUAACUGGUCUGAGUUCAAUGGCAAGAGCAAAAACUGUGUCUCUGAGGACAAAAGCAAGUGCCAUCAAGGCCCGUCUGAUCAUAUUCUCGCUGCUGAGGAACAAGAAGUUUCUCAUGAGCUCCCUCUCGGAGAAGCUCCACUCUGUUCUGGGCCAAAAUUCUCAUCCCAGUGAAGAAUGCUUCUUGGAAGAUGGGACCGACCAGAACAAAGCCAUGGUGGUAUACACUGACAAUGCCCACGCUUACGAGGCCCUGCCCAAUCCCAGUGACACCCAAGUGGUGGAGGAUAAAGACCGAGACGGCUAUGAAAGUUACUACAGGUACGAGGAAGACGAGGAGAAGUACCCGGAUCUGACACACACUCUGUUUGACUCGGAGGAUUUGGACUUUGGAGGGUCUGUUAUUGACAUGGUGAAGAACUCGAAGGAGGAAGCAGGGCAGGAGUUCAAAUUGGAAGACGAGAUUGACCAUAUGGCAGACCUGUUCAUAAGAAGAUUCAGGAAGCAGAUAAUAUUGCAGAAGCAAGAAUCCCUCAAGAGGAACCGGGAAAUGCUGCAGAAUGGUGCAUGAACAGUACCAGUACAUGCACGUUUAGCUCAACUUUGUCUCCCUUUAUUACUUUUUUAAUUAGAAUAAGGGAGGCCCACAAGCUAAGCCUUUUCCUCAGCUUUAUUUAUUUCCUGAGUUCUAAUGCUUAAUACUGGUAGAGGGCAAAGAACAACUCAGAUUCUCUCUCUCAAUGUUGGAGAUUCAUUGAAGUGCCUUGUAUUUAAUGGUACGGACAUGAUCUGCAAAUCUGAAAUCUGCAAAUCCCUGACUAAGUUGUAUGUGAUAAAUGGACUCCGCGACUUUUUUGGUUAAUUGAAUAAGGGAUUCUUGAUUCAAA